AUGGUUCAAAUGGGAAUUCCGGAUAGAUGGUGCGGUUGGAUUAGAGGGAUCUUGGAAUCGGCGAGAUCCUCGGUUUUAGUUAACGGUUCGCCAACUUUCAAGUUCCAGUGCUCGAAAGGUAUUCGUCAAGGUGACCCGAUUUCCCCGUUCUUGUUUAUUUUAGCCAUGGAGGCGCUUUCUUGUAUUGUGGAAAAAGCUAGAAACUUAGGUGCCUUUGCUGGAAUCAAGAUAAAUUUUGCUGGCCUCAAAAUAAACCUUUCAAAAUCCAACAUAUUUGCUAUUGGAGUGGAGAAUGGGGAUCUCGAUGUCACAACCUCUCACAUUGAACUAGCAAGAUGGAAAGGGUCUUUGUUAUCUAUUGGUGGGAGAUUAACGCUUAUAAAUUCGGUUAUGGAAAGAUUGCCUGGUUACUCUUUUUCGUUGUAUAAAGCUCCGGUCCAAGUCAUCAAUGAUCUUGAGUCAAAGAUAAGGAAUUUUUUAUGGGGUGAUGACGAAGAGAUUAAGAAACUUCACUGGGUUGCUUGGGAUCGGGUGGCGUCUCCUAGGAAGUUAAGAGGGCUCGGGCUUAGUAAGUUAAAACUUAUAAAUGCGUCACUUCUUACUAAGUGGGGUUGGAGAUUUCUGUCGGGUAAAGAUAAACUUUGGGCAAAGGUGGUUGAAGCUAUUCAUGUGACAUAG